AAGGUAAAACAAAACGAUGGCGUAUAAUGGUAACGUAUUGAGCUACAGAUCGCCGUCGUCUGCAGCGGCCGCGUCUCCGCCGGAGAGAUCGAUUCUUUUGCGAUUCAUUAGCCGGAGACGAACAUGUAUUCUCCUGAUUCUCUUAUUGUGUGCAAUCCUCUUAUCAUCAUGGAAUCUCCUUAACUCCGUACUAUCGUGGUACGCCUCCGCCGUUGCGACCUCGUCGUCGUCGUCAUCAUUUUGGUGGCCUUCGAUCUACGCUUCGGUGGCGGUAGGUGUGAUCUUCGGAGUUCUGUCUAUGGCGGCCGCUUUGGCCAUGGCGAUGCCGGCUAUCAUGGUGAUUUGGAUCUCGGUUUUGGUUUUGUUGAGUUUCGCCGGAAAGCCGAGGGAGUCGGUGGUGGUGGAAGGGAAGAAAUUGACGGUGGAGAUGAGCCGGACGGUGGGUAUGGUGGUGAUUAAAGAAGGGAAUCUAGUGGCCGCUGUGUGUGCCAUUUUAGGCUACUUUUUACUUUUUAGAUAAACAGGGGUAAAAUAGGGAUUGUAAAAAGAAUCAUAUUCCUUCAUUUUUA